CUCCAGCGCUCGGUGCUCACUGGCAGUCAGGAAGUGCGUGUAAGAAGGGAGGCCGCGUCACGUGUCACGGAAAAGGGCGAACUUCAACAUUUUCAUUUCGAGGAAAGCCAGGGAAAAACAAACGGCAGCAUGACCACCGCUCACCGUCUGGUAAUCGUGAGGCACGGCGAGAGCUCCUGGAACCAGGAGAACCGCUUCUGCGGCUGGUUCGACGCCGACCUGAGCGAGAAGGGUCUGGAGGAGGCCAAGCGCGGCGCCCAGGCCAUCAAGGAUGCCGGCAUGAAGUUCGACAUCUGCUACACCUCCGUCCUCAAGCGCGCCAUCAAGACGCUGUGGACCAUCAUGGAGGGCACAGACCAGAUGUGGCUGCCCGUGGUGCGCACCUGGCGCCUGAACGAGCGGCACUACGGCGGCCUGACCGGCCUCAACAAGGCCGAGACGGCCGCCAAGCACGGCGAGGAGCAGGUGAAGAUCUGGCGCCGCUCCUUCGACAUCCCCCCGCCCCCCAUGGACCACGACCACGCCUACCACAAGAUCAUCAGCGAGUCGAGGCGCUAUAAGGGCCUGAAGCCCGGAGAGCUGCCCACCUGUGAGAGCCUGAAGGACACCAUCGCCCGUGCACUGCCUUUCUGGAAUGACACCGUCGUCCCCGAGAUCAAGGCCGGCAAGAACGUCAUCAUUGCUGCCCACGGCAACAGCCUCCGCGGCAUCGUCAAGCACUUAGAAAGCAUGACGGAUGCGGCCAUCAUGGAGCUGAACCUGCCCACGGGCAUCCCCAUCGUGUACGAGCUGGACAAGGACCUGAAGCCGGUGAAGCCCAUGCAGUUCCUGGGGGAUGAGGAGACGGUGCGCAAGGCCAUGGAGGCCGUGGCGGCUCAGGGAAAGGUGAAGAAGUGAAGCGCUACGCCCCCUGCUGGAGCACGAGAGACUGUCCCCUACCUCCCGCGCAGUUCACCUGUUCUACUGCACCUACCUGCCCUCAGCCAGCCUGCCUUCAUACACCGUCUCCCUCAUUGUCUGCAAAACACACUGACCCUCACAAAACUAAACACACACACGCGCGCACACACUCACAUACGCAUUCUGUAAUUCCUUCAAAGUAAAUGUUCUGGUGAUGUAGAAACAAACUAUACAUUUUCUAUACAUCUUUUUCUUUGACCAAACUGCCAGUCUUUCCCAUCACCAAACAGACAAACAAACAGACACACACACACACACACACACACAAACACACAGACACACACACUCACACAUACACACAGACACACACACACACAUCUGCACGCACACUCAAGUACACAUACGCACACACACACAAGCACAAACACCCACACACACACACACACACAAUCACACUCAUAACCCGAUCAUGAUUCAUGAAACUUGUGUUGGGAGCACAACAAAUAAAAACGAUCACUAUUUUCGGUACAAA